CUCGCCACGCCCAUAGAAUCCGCAGAUCUGGCGUUUUUCAAUAAAUUCUCUCCUCACAACCGAAAGUUUUUGAAGGCAGAGGUCUAGAAGUUUAUUUUACACGUCUUCCCUGCAGAAUCUACAUCAUACUUUGAAAAUGCCACGCCGCAAAAGUCUAUUUACGCCAUACAUAUCCAGAGACACAGACACUAGUGCUGAACAAACUGAUUUAAAAGUGCCAGCGCAUCGUUUAGACCUUUCGCAUGGAGCGCUUGUGCAUACCAGCUGGAUAGAGGAGAGGACAGAAAGCAGAGGAGAGUCUGACCCGCCAUGCGCUAUUGUGGAGUUCAGAUUGCCAGGGCUCAGAUACAUCGAGCAGGACCGGAGCACCAUCGACAGGGCGCAAAGGCGGCGGCGUCUGGCGGCAAAUGCCCGAGAGAGGAGGAGGAUGCUGGGGCUGAAUGUUGCCUUCGACCGCCUCAGGAGCGUCAUUCCCAACCUAGAAAGCGACAAGAAGUUGUCCAAGUCCGAGACGCUUCAGAUGGCACAGAUAUACAUAUCCACGCUCAGCGAAUUGUUGCAGGACAGGCCCUGCAGCUCGGGAUUCAGCAACGAUGGAUGUGAGAGCACGGAGGAAGGGCACAUGGCCUCAAUGUGCCCGCCAACAAACUCUAGAGCAGAUGAAUCAACGGCUGAGCUACCUGGGCCAGGUAAAUACGACACGAUACGUAGAGACAAUGGAAACGUGAUGCGCGCGCCUUGCGAAGACCAGAAGACUGAGCUGAGAGGCUUGAUGAACUUGUGGGGGAGAGCUAAUGGUACAAAAUAAGACUUUUUUUAAAAAAUUUAAACAAAGCAUGUUGAUUUGGGCUGAAACCUUAUGUCGAUAACCAUGGCUCAAGUAAAACAUAUUUAAGAAUAUGGAUGUCUAAAAGCAUUGGGUUAUUUUGCUCGUCUUACAGUAGUUCUCGCUGUGGAAAAGGGAAAUAGAUAAUUCAGAAACAUUACAACGCAUUUCAUUUCACAAACGUCCGACACAGAAGUACUGAAAGUAGCAACUUUUAUUCGAGUUAAAAUUAUAUACAGGUAACCAAACAUUAUUCUGAAAAUUGGUACAAAGAUCAUGUUCCUGCAUUUGGCUUUGUAUACCUUUUGAAUCUGACUUUCAAAUAACACAACGGAGAAAUGCUGUAUAAAAUAAAAAUAGGAUUGGAUUCAGAAAAGUAGUCUACCAUUUCUAAUUUUCAAUAAGCAAUAUUUACAGAAGUAUUUACAUUGUUCCGUUCAUUUCCAGAUGUGAAUAAAGCUCUUGUAAACUUCAGAACAUUAUUUUGAAAUUAAGAUCAACAAAAUAGUAGCAAGCCACAGCUAUUGUGUGGUUGAUGACUAUAGAAACAUCAGAUGAAACACAGGAGGCUUAACAGCUUAAAAUGUAUUGAUGAGGGUGUGUAUGUUGGUGGAUUACGUUUAAAUAUCUGCAUUGUUUUAGGUGUGUCUUAGCACAGCAGAGAAA